AUGCAGACGGCUGCUGUGAGGAGCGGGGCGCUUGGGGGGAAUUUCGCUCUUGCUACCAUCGUUUUCCUUCAGGAUCUCAUUUUUAUGGAGUCGGUGUGUCGUGAUGAGGAGAAAGGAGAGUGGGAAUUUUGCCCGCUCGACGACACCCUGAAGUCGCAGGUAAGCCCCUCCCCCAUCACUCCCUUCCCGCCAACGCAAAGCCGGAAUCAAAUUUCUCGCACAAUCUCAUUCGAGGCGGACCCACGGUCGCAACUGCGAGAUUACUCGGACGAUGGCGAGGCUGCAGUCGAGAAACUCGUGAAUAAUAUUCAUCGAGACGAUUGGAUCCAAUUCGAGGACUACGAUGGCAUCGCUGUUCAUUCCCGAUACGACUCCGAGUCGAAGCGAGAAAUUUACAAACUCCAGACGGUACUGGACUUCGACUUGGAAUGGGCAUUCAGGCAGACCUGGCACACCGUGAAUGACUCCCCCAAAUGGGACUCGGACGUCCUCAGCUCCAACAUUCUUCUGGACGUGAGCGAGAUGAAGUGCCGGGUGUUCCAUGCCGUCACUCGGCCUCGGGCCUUUGGGGUCGUGUCCAGUCGGGAUUUCGUGUCCCUCGAGUACGUUAAGAGAGUCGGGGAGACGUACUAUUGGUCCGUAUCCAGUACCACGUGGCCGGACUUACCGCCCGGUCGAGACGUCGUCAGAGCCCACCUGAAUCCGGGAGGGGGAGUCGUCUUUUCGCGCCACGAGGAAGACGAGGGGAAGACCCUGUAUCGGCUGAUUCCCAUGAUGGAAUUCAACGUUCCCUUCCUUCCGCGGGGGAUCAUGGACAGGCUGCUGCUCGCCAGGCAGCGAGACUUCAUCGUCAGACUCCGGGACAGACUCUCCUUCCUCCACUCCCUCUCGUGA